GUUUUCCAUCAUUUUAUGCAACCAUAAAGAAUCUGAACCGGAAACGUCUCAGAGGGAGAGAGAGCCAAAGAAUCAUUGUGAUAUCUCCUCAUCAUCAUAUUUUUAGAGAUGGCCGAUGAGUUUAAUUCAGGCACCAACUUUUGGGAUUCUUCCUCCCGCAACCGCUUUGAUGCCGGCUCCUCUUCUUCCUCUUCUGGGCUCAACAUGGGAAGCUUUGGUUGGCCAACGGAGAUAGUGGAUAUGAAAUCAAGGACUUCUAUGGAUUCCGGGUCGGUUUCGGGUGGUUCGGUGGGUUUUCAUGAUACCCAGAAGCUGCAAGCAAGUGGGUCAGAUCCCGCUGCUGCUGCUGCGGCCGCCGCUGCUGGUGAGUUUCAGAUGAUGGGUUUGGGGCUGUCCUCACAAUCCAUGGACUGGAACCAAGCUACUUUACUUCGCGGGGAUAAACCGGAAAGUGGAUUCCGAUCGAUGGUUCCAGAAACCGUGGGUGUUGGGAUAGGAUCGUCGUCGCAACUUCAUUGGAGGACAGAGAAAAUGUUUUCCGGGGUGGGAUCGGAUUCGGCCGUGAACGAGUUCAAGCAAAUCAAUCCUCGAGGGUUCUCUCUGGAUCAACCCUACGGAAGUUCAAGUGACAGUACUACUAGUUUCCAGAUGGAUUCACCGGCGUUAUACGGCAGCCAGUCGACGAUUCUCCAGGGACUUCUGGUACCAGAAAAUCAAGCACAGCAAUCUUCGUUUGAAACCCGUUCGAUGAAUUACCAAUAUGGAACGGGGUAUUCCAUUAACCCUAAUGAAUUCCUCCCAUCUUGGUCUAAAGUCCCUCCAUUCUUGAGAACUUCCCCAACCAAACAGUCUCCCCACAGUCAACUGCAGUUCUCCAACAAUGCUCCGUUCUGGAAUCCGUUGGCCACCUCCAUUAGCGACACCCGCCCGACCUUCCCCUCGUUGCAGACCCAGUUUCCUUCCCCAAGCUUCGAAGAGAAACCCAAGCAGAAUAUAUCCGAAGUUCGGGACACAUCAAGCACUGCUACAAAGAAAAGUGGCAGCGAACCCGCAUCCAAAAGGACACGAAAUGAAACGGGUCCAUCACCUUUGCCAGCUUUUAAGGUGAGGAAGGAGAAGAUGGGAGACAGAAUCACUGCACUCCAACAAAUGGUUUCACCUUUCGGAAAAACUGAUACUGCCUCAGUGCUCUCUGAAGUCAUUGAAUACAUUAAGUUCCUCCAUGAACAAGUCACUGUUUUGAGUACUCCAUACAUGAAAAGUGGAGCCUCAAUACAACAUCAACAGUGUUCAGAUAAGUCUAAGGAUCCUGAAGGACCAAAGCAAGAUCUGAGAAGUAGAGGGCUAUGUUUGGUACCGGUAUCGAGCACGUUUCCGGUGACCCAUGAGACAAGUGCUGAUUUUUGGACCCCUACAUUUGGAGGAACAUUCAGGUAGAGGAGAAAGGGAAAUGGUGUUGAUUCAUUGAAAUCAAGACAUCAAGAACUGAUUCUACCUGCAAGUAGCUAAGUCUACAUGUUAUCUUAUCAUAAACCCUAACCUCGUUGGGGAUGAUAGGAAGGGGUGAGAAAAGAACAGGAAAAAAGAAGGUAACAUAACUGCCUUGUCCGGCCAGGAUGGAGAAGAAGAGAGAAUUUAAAAGGGAAAGAAAUGGAAAUGACCCCUUCAAGGAAAGAAGAGACCAUCGUUGGGCCAGUAACAAGCAAAGUGAUGCAGGUUUUGGUCACUAUUUGGGACCAUUGAAGAAGCAUAUUAAUUGUUGUAAUAAUUGAAGAAUUAUGAUUAGGAUUUGGUUAAAGGUCCUGAUUUAAGGGAAAAAAAAGCCUUUAAAGCUUAGUUUAGACAAACAUUUUAGUGUUAAUAUAUAGCCGAAGUGAGCACAAGAAAGAAAGUUGGUAGAAAGAGCUUUUGUAUUCUCUAUUGCCAUAUUGUGAAUAGAGUUGGCACUUGCUUUAGUUUAAGAGGAAAGCAAAAGAAGAAGAAGAAGAAAGAAAUAAAGAAAGAAAACUGAAGGAAUAAUUGAAUUUUUGAAUGGGGCAGAGAGUGUGUGGGGAUGUCAAUUUGAUUGGAAAUCUCACUUUUAAUUUGUUUUUAUGUUUGGAAUAUGUUAGUGGAAGUCAGAGAGUGGCCCACUUCUCUUACUUUCAGUGUUAGUAUAUUUUUUAAAAUUCAGUUUUUAUAAUAAAUUUAUUUUCAUUUA